AUGAAGGUUCUCAUCGUGCUCGGUCUGAUCGGCCUGGUAGCUGGUGCAGUCAUAGAUGCCCCUGCCAGCUCCAGCGUGGAGAUCGACUACCACAACAAGAUUGGCAUCCCGCUGGCCACUCGCAGAAAGGCGGCCGAGGAGGCUUUACACUUCGAUGGUGCCAGGAUCGUGGGCAGAAAGACUGCCAAUCUCGGACGGUACUCUUACAUGGCCGGUGUGAUCAUCACCCUGACGAACGAACGCACAUCCAUUUGCGGCUCCUCCCUGCUGACCAACACCCACGCCCUCACCGCCGCCCACUGCUGGGCCACGUUCUUCACCCAGGCUCGCUUCUUCACAGUCGUCUUGGGCUCGACCACACUAUUUUCCGGCGGUACUAGGGUGGUCACCGCUGACGUCGAAAUUCACACCGGCUACAGUAAAUUUACGCUCGCCAACGAUAUCGCUAUCAUGAGACUUCCAUGGGUCACCUACAGCAACAACAUUCGGCCUAUUGCUAUUGCGACUGGCAACGAGGAUCUCGCAGGUACCUGGGCCUGGGCUUCCGGCUGGGGUGUGACUACCGACGGUGGCUCCGUCACGACCGACGCGUUCUUGUCGCACGUCCUUGUGCCGGUUAUCAGCAACGAAGAGUGCGCGGACACGUACACUACGCAUAUCGUCCGGGAUACUACUAUCUGUGUGGCUACGAGUGGUGGCCGGGGGCCGUGCAUUGGCGACGCAGGCGGCCCGCUGGCCACCGCGGACAAUACCCUGCUGAUCGGCGUGAUGUCCUUCAUCCACGAUCGCGGCUGCAACGCUGGCCCCGCCGGCUUCGGCCGCAUCUCUGCCUAUACUGCCUGGAUCCAGUCACGCCUCUAAACUUUGGCUCCGUCCUUAAAUAAAUAAGUAUAAAUGGAUUAUUCGGGACCAAUUUACGGAACUAUUGUAACUUGUUUGUA